AUGAUGCAACGCGAGAACUCGUUUUUGAAGCAGAAACAAGAGCAAUGGGCACGAGAACGAGCGGAAAAAGAAUUGACGAACGAGUGGUUUCCAUUCGGCGAGAACUUGCGACCGGGCGGCGGGUCACCACUACGCAAAUUCGAACCAAAAUCACCAAUAAGGCAUCGACCAAAAACUGCACCAAAACAGGCGACCGAGGAGACCGUCGAUGACGAAGACCAACAAGAGAUGAUAAACAUUGGUGGUGAAAAGAAUCAGCAGAAGAAGCCGGCGAGAUGUGAAGAUCAGAAAUUGGCCAAUGAAUCGCACCAACAAAACCAGCAGGUUCAGCAACAGUCAUAUCAUGGCGUUCCGAUCUACCCAUUUCCUUAUUCGUUUUACACGCCAACACCACCGGAUGGGUUAGCGAAGAAUGAUGGCAAUCAGUCAUGGCCGUAUGCGAUCCCGAUGCCGCCGCAAUUUCAGGUCAUACCGCCGAAUGCGAUUCCGAUUAGCACAAUUAACAUCGACUCAUCACAAAUUUGUCCCGUCUCACUUGCCGAACAACUCGCCGCACUUCAGAGCUCCAACGUUUGGGGUGUGCCGCAUGCGCCGCCCGGUGUUCGAUACGGCAUUCCGAUUCCGCCGCCGUUCGUGAAUCCGUCGAUGACGUCAUCGAUAUCAUCGAGUGAAUCCGGUGUUAGCGGAAUGACGUCGAGACGAGAUGACGUCGAGAAGCACAACUCGAAUGAUGAGAAACAAUCGACGUCGGACUAUCAUAAUGAGAAAGGUAUUCCUUAA